AUGAGUGUGUUAGCUUGGAAUUGCCGGGGGUUGGGGACUCCUCCGGCAAUCCGUACACUCACUGAGGAAGUGAGGAAAUUAAACCCCGUGGUGGUUUUUCUGGCGGAAACAAAGGCGAACACCAACAGGAUGAAGGGUUUUCAACAGAAGAUAGGCUUUACGCAGGGGAUCAUUGUUCCGAGUGAUGGCUUGAGUGGUGGGUUGGCGAUGCUCUGGAGAGAAGGUACGGAUAUUCGGUUUAAGAGUUGUUCGCACUCACACAUUGACGUUGUAGUUCAUGGGGAGAGUAAGAAUGGUCCGUGGAGAAUCUCCGGUUUCUACGGGCAUCCGGAUACAAGCAAGAGGCAGAGUUCGUGGCAAUUAAUAGAAGCCCUCUAUGCUCAAUGUUGUAUGUCGUGGGUGGUGUGUGGGGAUUUUAACGAGAUUCUGCAUCCAAAUGAGAAGUUAGGCUGGAGGGAAAGGGAUGCAAAUCAGAUAAGGGACUUUCGCGAUGUUCUUAGCAGGUGCGGUCUGGUUGAUUUAGGAUUUGUGGGGCAGGAAUUUACCUGGUGCAACGGACGACAUGGGGAGCAACGUACGCUUCUUCGGCUUGACAGAAUGGUGGCCAAUGAAGCUUGGUUUCAGCUUUUUCCCGAAGCCACAGUUUUUCACAUUUCGAUGUCGGCUUCGGACCACUGUUUGUUGGCUUUAUCGCUGAACAAGAAUCACCAGCAGAAGAAAAGGAAAAAGAGAUUCAUGUUUGAAGCAAUGUGGGUGAGAGAGGCAGAGUGCAAAGAAGUUGUGGAUAUGGCUUGGAAUUUGAAUACAGAGGAGGCUGCUAUGUCCGUCCAAGAUAGGCUCAAAAGGUGCCAAAGUCAUCUUGUAGGGUGGAAUCAGAAUAAAUUUGGGAAUGUGAGUAAGAAGUUAAAACAGAAACAAGAUCGCCUCCAGUAG